UUGGUGUGCUUUUCAAAUGUUUUAUACGUCUUCGCGGUAUGAGCUCGAAAUUGGACGAUUAUGCAUCGUUCAUGAAAACUUCGGGAUAUUCGAAAACGAUUCCGCAGCCUGAGAGGAUAAAAAGCGAUGUGAUUUAUUGUCGUAUAUGCUUGGGGUCCAGUGACUUUGAGGAACUGAUAAGUCCUUGCUAUUGUGCAGAGAAGUGGUUAAACUUGUCUCGAUCGAAAGCCUGUGAAAUUUGCGGUUUCACUUUUGAAGUUUUAAAACAUUAUCCCCACUUUUGUAAGUGGUUAUGGAUGGGAGGGAAAGGAGAUGGGAUACAUCGUCGCAGAUAUUUAUGGACAGAUUUAAUUUGCCUGCUAAUAAUGGUACCUUUGCUCACAUUGUGCGCUUGGUUGGCGAUUUCUUCGAAUCAGGAUGAAAAAAGUGCUAAUUCAAGAAGGUUUCCAUGGCAGUCCUUUUUUCUUGGAUUAUUAUGCAGCCUUCUUCUUUUAGUAUUUAAUAUUUGGUUAAUGUUUUCUCUUCGAUAUCAUCAUCAAUCAUGGAAACUUUGGCGUAAAGAACAGACUUAUAUUGUUUUAUCAGAAACUGUUAAAAGAAAAAAGGUUAUGAACAUAAAAGGUGAUUCACAAAAUCCAAAUUUAAUUAUCCAGAAUAAUAAACAAGAACAAAAUCAACAAUUAAGGAGACUAGAUAUGCCUGAGUCAAAUGAAACAAGUAUGAAACCAAACAAGACCAUAGAUGAUUCUGAACUAGCAAUUAAUACAAUACAGCAACAAUGUUUGAACACUGAAAGCUAUUCUGGACCUAUAUGGAAUAUGAAGUCAGAAAUUUGUGAUGAAAUAACUAAUACUGGAGGGAAUGAUACACCAAUGAUACAUAACAAGUUAAAAAAAUUAUCAGCUGAAGAGGUAACGAUCAAGGAAGAUAAUUAUACUGAACAUGUUGUGCAGACAGAACCAAUGUCAUUUAGAAGUUCUUUAUCUGUUUUUAUAGUACCAACAGAAUCCUGUGCAAAUGAUACGCUAAAUGAAGCAACAAACUGACAGGAAGUAUAUACACAUUUAAAAAAAUUAUCUCACAAAAAAGGUGACAUUCCUUAUUUUUAUCAACUAGAUUGUAUAGUAAUAACAAAC